AUGGCGAUAUGGCCCUUUGGUCGCAAGAGUAAGCGACACACCAUCCAAGUCGAUGGUGCUGAAGCCGACGAUCUUCAGGCGUCGUUCGCUCAGACUGUUGAGCCUACAUUGGGCCGCAAACCCUCCAAACGCCAGAACCGCACGUCACGAGGCGAUGCAGACAGCCGGCGCAACUCCGCCCUCGUGCCCUCCAAUCAACCUAUCUCAUCCCUAGAUCGCCGUGCCUCCAUCGCCGAUCACCAGAACCCACCGAACUCACAGAAUCCCCUCUCGAGAACCGGUUCCCUGCUAAGGCGCAAACCCUCUCAAAAUAAUGGCCCGAAUAAACUUCGUCGCAAGUUGAGCAAGCGGAAAGCGAAUGAAAUCAUGCGCGAGCGUGAGAUCCGUAUGCUCUCUUCUACUCCCAUCGAUAUCCCCCAUCGUCAAAGUGCAGGCACUGGUGAUUAUGUACUAGAACAUCGACGCCGCAAGGCAAACGGUAGACGUGCCGACCGGUACAUGUCUGACAUCAGCCUCUCCAUACGCGACUCCACCGCCUCCUCUACGUCUGACAUGUCAGACCCUUACACUUAUAAGGUCAACGCUUUCGCUGCCUUGACACCGCGCCCCGUCGUUCGAUAUGUCGAGGCCCCACGUCUGCAAACCGCCAAAAGCAAUAACCCCCCUUCCAGCCGUCAGGACAAGGACAGGCUUCAAAACCUGACUGUGUCUGAAGAGGAUCUCUACUACUCGCGGCGACGAGUCAACGAGCUCGCCGAUUCGUUGAAUGCCGGGGAUCUUCGAGAGCUUCUAGAUCGAGACCGCCGUCGUCGAGAGAAAAAGCAGAUUGACGACCAGGAAAAACUUCGCCGUAAGCUACAGGAAAGGGCCGAUGCUCAAAAGGCGCAGGAGGAACAAGCCCGGGCUGCUGCGGAACGCCAGCCAGAGCCUGAACCCGUUCAACCAGAGCCGCCUAUCGCCGAACCUGAACCGUCCAUCGCUGAAGCACGGGACGUUACCCCUAUGGAGCAUGACGCUAUCAUCGAAGUCGACGAACCGACUCCCGUUCCGCAUGAGAAUGGGUCUUGGUUGCGGGGAGAAUCCAAGGGCAGCGACAACGAUGGACGUGGCUCACUUGAGAGUUCUCGAGUGAUUGGAAACAUCGACGAUAGUUCUGUUCGUGAGCGGAGGCUGGUCCAGCGCCCUAGCUUCGCUCCAUCGCACGAUAUCACCAUGUCCCGAACCACGCUUUCUCCAUCCCAUUCAUCCAUCCGACAUGGCCUGAACAGCCCGGGCCACUCACAGAACUUCGGAGCAGGCUCCGCAUCAGACAUCUCCCGAGGCGUCGACUCAGAACGCCGAUCAUCCGACACCAGCGGUCGUCGAGGAAACACCAUCACAUCCCUCUUCCGACGUGGCUCCUCUCGCAUCAAGCGACGUUACAAGGAGCGCUUCCAAGACCCAUCACCCGAAGUCUCUAACACCUCGCAUGAAUCCUUCUACAAAAUCCAAACCCAGUCAUCACCUCCUCCCGCCUCGAUCAUCCCUCCUAGAGUCUUGAUGCCCAGCGGGCCUAUCCAGCGCUCUCACUCGAAAUUCACUGAACACUUCGGCGACGAGCCCCUGUCGCCCUCUGAAUCCCGCCUCCAAUCACCCGAUAUCCCAGAAGACAUCGCAGAGUCCUCUCUCGAGAAAGAGGAGACAUUCCUGCAUGAACCAAGUUCCACACCCGGCGUGGACAUCAAAAACCCAAACCGAAGCCACCACCGAUCCUGGACUUCGGAGCUGAUAGAUGCAGAAGCCGACAACGUGCCCCUCUCUCGGUCUCUAGCCUCUAUUGACUCGGAAGGCUCCUGGAUGUCAGGCCAGUUCUUCAAACGCAUGUCACAACCCCCCGGCAGCCCCAUCCGCUCAAACCUGAGCGCCCUCGGCCGGAACUCCCUAGACGUCCCAGCUGACGCCCUCGAAGACAAUGAGGACAUGGACGCAUACGAACGACCGAGCAGUGUAAUCCUCGGCGACCCAGAGCUCGAAGGAGUAGAUGAGCCCAAGGCCGCAGAAAAAUGGCACCACGAAGUCGGCCGCCGUCCCGUGCUAGUCAACCCAGUCAACCGUCCCAAGUCCACUCAGGGCCUUCUCAGGAACUUUCCCUCUUUGACGCCCAUCUCUGCAGAAGAAGAUAAUGUCGUGGCAGAGGCGCCUUCUGAACUGCAGCGGGUUCCGAGUGCCAAAGCCGAGAUCGGGUACGCGGAUUAG